AUGAAACGAACAGCCGUCAUAAACAUCAAGUGUGUGCUGCUCAUAUUUUUGUUGACAUUUGACUGUAAUGCACAGGUGAAUGAAGAAGAUACUGAGCAGCCUCCAGAAGACUCUGGAGCUGAAAACACUUUCUUUGCUUUGCGGAGUUGUCACCGGUUGCUGUACAGUGACAGUGGUGAGUUUUUCUCGCCGGACUACCUAUGCUCCAAUCCUCCCCUGUGGUGCAACUGGACAAUCCAGGUGGAUCCGAGUAAAAGGAUUCAUCUCUACCUGGAGGAUUUGACCCCUGAUGACAUCUGUAACCUCAAACAGGACCAAAUCCACAUUGACGAGCCAGUUGGAGAUUUAGCGGGACACAAAGUCUUACAGAAGUGCUGGCAAGAGGCCAAGUACACCUCCUCCUCCAAUAUUCUGUAUGUAGUGCUACUGAUUAGUGGCUGGCCCAACCCCCUGUACAGGGGCUUUUAUGGUCGCUACCAGGCAUUUGGAUCGCCAGUCAUUUAUAACCCAGGGGAAGGCUUUACAGAGACAAGCAAUGAGUCAGAGACAUCUCCUGGGCUGAUGGACUUCAGUGAAUCUGGACCAGGUACAAAGAGGGAUGGUUAUGAUGAGGAACAAUUAGCAAGGAUGACUGAGCUACCCACGGAGCCCAAGAUGCCUGCAGACACAAACACUUGGGUGGAUAAAAACAACCCUCUGUCCUUGGCUGGGAACUACACGACCAUGCCAACUGCAUCAGUGUCCACCCAAAGGACCUUCAGAUCAGGGAGAGGUAUCACUCGCACCCAACUGGAAGUCACCACUGACACUACAACAGCAAAACAAAUGAAUGAGGAGGAAUCUACUGUUGCAGAGGAUGAGACACCAACUCUGAGCUGGACAGUGAAGGAGAACAUAACAGAGGUCAGUCAGACCUCAGUCCAGCUUUCCCCGUCCUCUGACAGACAAGAAAUACAGCACACUGAUCAGACUCAUCCUCAGCCUAACAUGGUGGAGCCGCUGUCGGACCACAGAGGGAACUCAAACAUGAAAAAUGACUCAGAAAUUCAACAUUUUCCUGGUGAUCACCUGUUUGAAGUGGCUAUAGAGAUCAACUUCAGUCAGGAUUUGCUGAAGUCUUGGGACAACCUGGCCAGAUCACUGCUGCUUUCAGUAAAAGCUUUGAUCAGCAAACAGCUGGAGGCUCUGCAUGCACAACUGUCAGUCUCUUCCAAAAGAAUAAAAAGGUUGCAUGCAGGCGUGCUGUACAUCCUCUGGCUGCAAGUUAGACAGGGACCUAGAGGCAUGCAUGUCCACAGGGGCGUCCACUCCGCUCUCCAGGGGCUCAUUGCCACUGGUAUCAACUUCCAAGGGAAUCUGAGAAAGGCAAUCAUCAUGUCUGUGUCGACUGCAGAUGUUAAUGAGUGUGGGACCCAGCUUGUUCAAUGUGACAUCAAUGCAGACUGUGUGAACCAGUUUGGCUCCUACUCAUGCCAUUGCCGGGCAGGCUUUCAGGAUAACUCCCGCCUGGGAUCAGGAGGAACCAUCUGUGUGGACAUGAAGGCUGCAGGUUGCAGCUCACGCCUGUCCACUGAAGCUAAAGGUGUAUACGUCCUUUUCUUCCUGCUCAGCUCACUAAUUCUUGCGCUGCUGGUGGUUGCCGGCAUGUUCUACCAUCGUCACCACCGGGGAAAAUUCCUAGUUCGCUGCCACAGCAACAGCAGCUUAUCCCCUUCUGACCCCAACAACAACCACCAGCAUCCUGAGGAAAACUACUCCAAUCCCGCUGACUCUGACCCGCCUCCCCCAUCUCCACCUGCCUGGGGUCCCAGAGAGUGCUGGGGCCAUGUAAAGGAGCAACGGCAAGUUGUGGAUCUGCAGCUGCUGCGCUUCAAUCUGCUGCACCCUCCAGACAGCUACAUGGAUCAGCGGGAGGGUGUGAACAGUCAAUGA